CUGCCUCCCAUCCCAUGUUUUUUCAACUUGCAUGUGUGGUUUGAAUGUGCAAGCAUUUGUGUGGUGUGUGUUCUGGAGUUUGGGAAUGUGUUAUGUGUUAUUUUGUUUGAGCAGGUAUUUGUGAUGAUAGAUCUUGAGAAGAUCUUUCCGACGCAACAAGAAUCUCUUCAAUUGGAGCAACAACGCGAAAGCUAUGAAGAUUCAAAGUUCAUGAGCUUGCGUUACAAUUGCGGCGGUUACAAAGUGAAGUUGUGGGGUGACUUUAUAUGGAGUUGGGACCUUUGGGGUUGGGGAAAUUCGUCACUCUACUGUAACAGCUGCAAAUUGGUUGGGAACAACCAAGCUAGCUUUGGAUGGCUCCAACUAUGAGGAAUGGAGCGGACGGAUGAGGAGUGCCUUCAAACGCUACAAGCUCCUGAAGAUUGCUGUUGGGGAAGAGAAGAUGCCGGAAGAAGGCGAAGCACGUGAACGGUGGAUUGAGAAAAGCACGGUGCUUUUCGACCUCAUCCUUCAAUCGGUCAACAAGGAGAUGUUCGAGCACAUCAAGGAUCUUGUCGCCCUUGUGAAGAAUAGGGUGCUGGCUACAGUUGGAGAUAAGGAGUGGAUCCCAUAUGCCAAGUGGUAUGGGAGUGCUCCAGCGGUGAACAUGCUGAGGGCAUUUGGGUGCAUGGUAGUGUUUCAUGUGCCUAAGGAGAAAAGAGGGAAGCACAAGUAUGGACCUGAAGGGGAGCUGACCCGCUACAAGUCCAGGCUUGUGGCAAGGGGGUUUCAGCAGACAAAAGGGAAGGACUAUGAUGAGGUGUUUGCUCCUGUGGGGAAAGGAACAACACUGAGGGUGCUGUUGGCGAUAGCUGCACUCCUGGGAUGGAAGAUUCGGCAGAUGGAUAUUGUGACUGCCUUUCUGAAUGGGAUCAUUAUGGAGGAGGUGUACAUGAAGCAGCCAGAGGGGCUGGAUGACGGGAGCGGCAGGCCAGAGGGGGAGAUUGUUGUGUGAUGUCAUCAUAUGCUAUCACAUUCUGUCUGCCUCCCAUCCCAUGUUUUUUCAACUUGCAUGUGUGGUUUGAAUGUGCAAGCAUUUGUGUGGUGUGUGUUCUGGAGUUUGGGAAUGUGUUAUGUGUUAUUUUGUUUGAGCAGGUAUUUGUGAUGAUAGAUCUUGAGAAGAUCUUUCCGACGCAACAAGAAUCUCUUCAAUUGGAGCAACAACGCGAAAGCUAUGAAGAUUCAAAGUUCAUGAGCUUGCGUUACAAUUGCGGCGGUUACAAAGUGAAGUUGUGGGGUGACUUUAUAUGGAGUUGGGACCUUUGGGGUUGGGGAAAUUCGUCACUCUACUGUAACAGCUGCAAAUUGGUUGGGAACAACCAAGCUAGG